AUGUCCCGUAUUUCGUCGCGUGAGAGCAGCCCGGAGGGAGAGCUGAAACACAAGCGUUCCCAGAACUACUUCUCCUUCAAGCAUCGGGAGCCCACGCCUGAGGAAGAGGAGAAGCAGGAAGAGGAGCGCCAGAAGGAGGCAGAGCGUCGCCGCCGGAAGAGGCAGAGGAAACGCCGGCUCGAGAAGGAGAUCUUUAUCACCAUGCACGUUGCGGCCAUCUUACAGCGGCCGGAGUUCCUCCUCAAGCUUGCAAGGGCACUGAUGAUGUUUGGCGCGCCGACGCAUAGGCUGGAAGCGCUCAUCCAGGCUACGGGACGUGUGUUGGACAUGAACGUCUCCUGCGUUCAUCUUCCUGGCGUUAUGCUCCUCUCCUUCAACGACGAUACGACCCGGACGAGCGAGACCAAGUUCCUCAAGCAGCCGCAGGCUUUGGAUCUCGAGCGCUUGCAGGACGUCCACGCGGUCUAUAACGCGGUCAUACAUGACAAGACAGGUGUGAAGGACGCGAGCGACAGGCUGGACGAGAUCAUGCGCGGCAGAUCUCGCUAUCGCGCUCUGAUCGCUAUCAUCAUCGGCGGCCUAUGCAGCGCGUUCAUCACCCCGAUCUCGUUUUCUGGCUCGUUCCUGGACGCAAUGCUCGCCUUCCCACUCGGAUGUCUCCUUGUCCUCAUCCAGCAACUGGCGAGCAGAAACGAGCUCUUCACACACGUAUUCGAGAUCGUCGUCGCUCUCCUUCUCAGCUUCAUCUCUGCCGCUCUGGCAGCGACCAAUCGCGUCUGCUACGCCGCCGUCGCGAGCGGGAGCAUCCUACUGAUCCUCCCUGGGUUUAUCGUCCUCACCGGUGCGCUCGAGCUCGCAAGCAGGAACAUCAUCAGUGGGAGCGUGCGGCUCAUGUAUGCCGUCAUUUAUUCCCUCUUCCUGGGAUUCGGACUUGCCAUCGGGGGCGAAUUCUACACCGCUAUCACUGGACAGAAGGUGAUCGGCAUCGGCUUGACCAACGGUCUCACCUGUCCCGUGCACGACGACAACGGUCCGUGGUGGCAACAGCAGGCGAGCCCCUGGUGGGCCUUCCUCUGCGUUCCGGGUUUCUCUUUUGCGCUGAGUUUGAGAAACCAAGCGCCCUGGAACAGGAAGGAAUUCGUCGUAAUGAUCCUCAUCUCCUGCGCAGGCUGGGCAACCAACCACUUCUCCUCACUCAAGUUUGUCAACCGUACGGACAUCAUCGCCAUGUUGGGUGCACUCGUCGUCGGGGUCUGCGGCAAUCUCUACGGUCGCUUCAUCGGACAAGGCAUGUCCUUCGUCGUCAUGGUUACUGGGAUCCUCUUCCAAGUACCAUCAUCUAUCAACGGUCUUCUAUCAUUCGCCUCCCUUGCCAAUACCGGCCAGGACUCGUACUCUGCUGGGUUCAAUAUCGCCGAACAGCUUAUCGAGGUGUCGAUCGGUCUUACUGUCGGUCUCUUCAUAGCAGCCGUCAUCACGAAUCCGUUCGAAAGUCGCCGGCGCGGCUAUGGUUUAUUCAGCUUCUAG